AUGUCUACAGUCACCACAUCCACAAUCACCGAAGAUACCUUCGAUUCCUUGCACACCCUGUGGCCGAAAUGUCAAGACGGGAAUCUGCUCACUUUGGCCUCACGCGAAAGUUAUCACCAGGCCGAUGUGACACUACAGAAUUUCCCCGGCUUCCAGGCCUACCUGUACGACAUCGAAACGCGCAAUCCAAACCCGGACCCGUCUAAACUGGCAACUUUUGCGCCUUCUCGCACCUCUCAGAUCCAACUGCUAAAGUCUAGCAGUCACCUUGCUCGCCAUGCGAGUACCUCGGUCCUCCUCCAUGAGCACCGCUUACAGCACCCGCAGGGGAGCGGUCUACUCUCGGGGUCUACGCAUGGUGAGAAGGUGAUCCGACAAUCUUUACGUCAACUCCUGGAUAGUUUCAAUAUCCUAUUGUCGGAUGGGACCUUUGGGUGGCGGGCUGAGAAGUACCCUUUUGCGCCGGCUUUGUUUAGACAUGGGGUCAUGGAAGCUCGAGUUAAUGAUGUUUUGGCGGAUCGCCGGUCAAAUGAGGUCUUUGCUAUCCUUGAUACAAGGACGGUUUAUCGCAGUAGAGACUUGCGAGGUCUCUACUGGGAGGAAACUGCCAAGAUGGUGUCCUGGAUUCAGCAUGACCUGUGGAAGAACCGCCAACAACCUCCUCCUCGUUACCUGAUUAUAUCUCAGUACCAGACUGAGAUAUUCAUCAUUGUUGGAAAUUUCAAUAAAGAAUACGAGGAGUACAUCCGAGUCAUCGACGGGCAUAAGAUCGGGGCACCCAAGCCGGUCCCUGAGAUGAUGGAGAUGCAGGAAUAUGGGCCUUUCAAUAUUGAUGAUGCGUCGCAUAUGAAGGAAUUUGCAAGACAAACUGUUGCAUAUUACUAUGAGAUCCGAAGGACGGCAAGGGUUGAGGUGCGAAACUAG